AUGCACAUGUCGUCACCUACGUCGCUCAUGAUGGAUAGCUCGCUCCAGGAUCUCGAAUUUGACGCCCUUCUCAACACCUCUCCCGGCGAACAGGCCCAUUUGCAACAGCUGGCCAACUUCAUGGACAGUAUGGGUCUGUUGACAGACUUCGUCACCUUUGACCCAGUGCCGAACGAGCCAUCCGAAGCCGAAGAAGCAGAGCCUCAAACAACGCCCACUCACAACGACCACGACGUGCCCGAUGAUGCUGCAGACGAUGCCGCCCACAUCGACCCUAGAAGCCGUCCGAUCUCGCCGUUCCGGUCGUGGCUGCCAUCGCCUCCGCCAACCGAUCAUAAUAUGAGAGAUGUCGCUGAUCCGAUAUCCUCCGGUCAACGGCGGCCUCCACAGACACCCUUCUUCGACGUCACUAGAGAGCAGCGAACCUGGCUCGAAUCCAGCCUGGCUGAGUUCCGAGAUGUCCUAGCCGGGUUCUAUCUGCCCUCCCAUCACAGCCUGACCAGAUAUCUCACAUCCUUCAUUGACGGCUUCCACAGCCAUCUUCCACAUGUCCAUGUCCCUACCGCCAGAAUCGAGGACUUCACUCCCGAUACGAUCCUCGCCUUCGCGGCUACCGGGGCACAGUACGUCUUCGAGCAUCGCAAUGCCGACCGACUAUUCUAUGCCGGAAAAGCCAUCCUGUUAGAACGAAUGCGAAGGCAAAGAGAGGCCCGGAUCCGCCGGUCCGCCACCUCUCCCAAGUCUGUGGUCGCGCAGGGGCUCGAUUGUGGUCGCGCCCAACGGUUCAAGACCGUCUCGGCCGUGCUGUCUUCGGAUGAGACCGCAUCGCCGGUUGCGCCGGAAGAAGCCAGGGAUUUGCACCAGUGCUUGGCAGCUGCAACCACGCUCAUGGGCUACAGCGCGUGGGAAGGAGUGAUUCUGUUACGUGAAAGUCUUCAGCUGGCGAGCGUGGUGGCUGAAUGUCUGCGAGACAUUGGAAUGUUGACCACCAGCCAUGGAGCUGCCGCCGGUCCCGAUCUGAACUGGAAAGACUGGACUCAGGCCGAAAGCGAGAGGCGCGCUCAGCUGGUCGCGUUCACCUUCUUGGAAACCCUCAGCAUCGCCUACAAUGUUCCUCCUUAUCUAAUGAGCAGCCAGUUCAACAUCCGCCUGCCCUGCACCACCGCGGAGUGGAAGGCCAGCACUGAGGCGGAAUGGAAGGCGGCCCGGGCGAACAUUGUUUCUGAGCAAAUGCACUAUCAACCAGCGCUGGCCGUCCUUUUCGACACGUCCAAAUCAGACAGCCCGCCCACGCCCAUGACCACGCCGUUUGGGAACUACGUUCUUUUGCAUGGCCUGCUGCAGAGAAUAUUACUAGCAUCGGAAAUCUCCAACCCCACGGAUGACCAAAUCACAACCAUGUCUCGGAGUAACUUUGACCAUAUGGAAUAUGCCCUUCGCUCGUGGACGGUCGUGUGGCAGAAAACGCCCGAGUCCAGUCUCGAUCCUCGCAAUGCCAAUGGGCCCAUUCCUUUCACCUCGAGCGCGCUUCUUGGUCUCGCCUACGUCCGCUUACAUCUCCAUCUCGGGCCCCAUCGCGGCCUAGAGACUCGGGACAAGUCGCAUAUUGCAAACAGUCUUUUCAAGUCCCCUCCGGUUCACCGCGGGCAUCGCAUCUUACCCGCCAUUCUGUACGCCGUCCACGCCCUGAGUCUCCCGGUCCGGUUAGGAAUCGAGUCCGUGGGUCGAAGUCAGGCUUUCUUCUGGAGCAUUCGGCACGGGCUGUCCAGCCUUGAGUGUGCCGUCUUGCUGGCGAAAUGGCUGAUGGCCGUCCAUGUGACCCAAGCAGAGACCGAAAUCAGCAGUGAGCAUUCCAUUCCACAAAUCCCGUCCCAUCCCAUCCUGCUGGCUAUGUCCACGUUCACUCUUUCGCGGGUGGUAUUUCUGCGCCGAGAAUGCCGUCUUUUCCAACUCACGAGAGAGCGUUCCAAGCUGACCCAGGCCAUUGCAUAG